AUGGCUAGUAUCAAUUCAAUUUCGAAAGUAACUUUAUACCAAUCUAUGACCAAGUACGAUCAACAGUCUUGUGCGAAUCGAUCUGUGCAAAAGCUGCGAGGUCAUGCUGGCCUCAAUAUCUCAUACCCUCAAACGGGUGCUCAAAAACUGAUUGAUAUUGACGAUGAACGUCGAGUACGUGGCUUCUAUGACAAGCGUAUGAGCCAUGAAGUCAAGGGUGACUUCUUGGGUGAAGAAUUCAAGGGUUAUGUCUUCAGAAUCACUGGUGGUAACGACAAACAAGGUUUCCCAAUGAAGCAAGGUGUCUUGGUACCUAGUCGUGUCCGAUUGUUGAUGGGUAAAGGUCACUCAUGUUUCCGUCAACGAAGAAAGGGAGAACGUAAACGUAAAUCCGUACGUGGUUGCAUCGUCGCCUCUGAUCUCUCAGUAUUGGCUUUGAGCGUUGUCAAACAAGGUGACAAUGACAUUGAAGGAUUGACUGAUCGCAAUGUGCCAAAACGACUGGGUCCCAAACGAGCAAACAAGAUCCGAAAGAUGUUUGCACUGGAAAAAGAAGACGACGUCCGCAAAUACGUAAUCCGUCGUGAAAUCCCCGCCAAAGAAGGCAAGGAGAAAUCAAAGGCCAAAUCAAAAGCCCCCAAAAUCCAACGAUUGGUUACUCCAGCCACUCUUCAACGCAAGAGACGUCGUGUUGCAUUGAAGAAGAAGAGAGGUGAAGCUGCCAAGGAAGCUGCUGCUACAUACGCUGGUGUCUUGGCUCACCGUCUCAAGGAACGAAAAGAAAAGAGACAAGAAUUGCAUCAAAAGAGGCGAUUGAGCAGUACUCGAAAGAGUUCAACUGCUCCACAAUAA